GGGUAUCUAACACACUCACACACCCUGGUGAGCGAUAAAUACAGUAUCUCUCCGCUCACGCUAGUGACAGUUUCAACAUCCUCGCCCCGCCUGGACAAUAAACUGCGCUUGACACUGUCCGCUGUCAGAAGGACAAUGGCCAGGAAAAAGGCCGUGGUGACUUCGCUGGUGUUGUUAGUGGUUGCAGUCUGCAUCUUCUUAGGAAUCUUCUACGGCAUGAAACGCAGGGGACCGUCCACCGAGUAUACAAAGAACAGACACUUCCCCAGGGCAGCUGUUGCUGCAGAUGCAGGACCAUGUUCAGAAAUUGGGAGGGACAUGCUGAAAAAGGGGGGUUCUGCUGUGGAUGCCGCUAUAGCCGCCCUGCUGUGCGUGGGGCUCAUGAAUGCUCACAGUAUGGGCAUUGGUGGGGGGGUCUUCUUCACCAUCUACAAUGCUACAACAGGAAAGGUAGAAACUAUUGAUGCACGGGAGGUGGCACCUAUGAAUGCCACUGAAGACAUGUUCAGCAGUAAUCCCCAGCUUUCAAUAACAGGGGGACUGGCCAUCGCUGUGCCAGGUGAGAUCCGUGGGUAUGAGAUGGCGCAUCGUCGGUAUGGCCGUCUACCGUGGAGGGAGCUGUUUGAGCCCAGCAUACAACUGGCACGCCGUGGAUUCCCUGUGGGAAAAGCACUGGCAAAAGCUAUUGACGAGAAGAGGAAGACCAUCCAGGAGGACCCUGCUCUAUGUGAUGUGUUCUGUGACUCAAACAAACGGCCCCUAAAGGAAAAUGAAACCAUAAGAUUUGUUACCCUUGCCGACACCUACGAACGAAUAGCCUGGGAGGGACCUGAUGUCUUUUACAAUGGAAGCCUGGCUGAGGACCUUGUGAAGGACAUUCAGGCUGCAGGGGGCAUCAUCACUCUGGAAGAUCUGCAGAAAUACAGGGCAUUGUUAGAUGAAAGCCCAAUUAGGAUUGAUUUGGGGGGCUUCACCAUGCAUACCACGAACGCCCCCUCUAGCGGCCCAGUCCUCGCCUUAAUACUCAAAAUUCUGAAAGGUUACAACCUGACGGCCGAGAGCGUCUCCACCACCGAGAAGAAGAUUCUGACAUACCACCGCAUUGUGGAAGCCUUCCGUUUUGCAUAUGCCAGGCGGAGCCUAUUGGGUGACCCCCGCUACCUGAACAUCACAGAUCUCAUUAACGAUAUGACGUCAGAUGCCUUUGCUGAGGACCUCCGCAGGAAGAUCACAGACAACAUGACCCAGCCGGAGAGUUACUAUGAGCAUUAUUAUUUGGCUCCUAAUAACCAAGGCACAACCCAUAUCUCUGUGUUGGCAGAGGAUGGAAGUGCAGUGUCAGUCACCAGCACCAUCAACCGCUAUUUUGGUUCCAAGGUUCUGUCCCAGCGCACCGGAGUUCUCUUGAACAAUGAGAUGGAUGACUUCAGCUCCCCCAACAUCACCAAUAGCUUUGGUGUGGCACCUUCACCAAGCAACUACAUCCGCCCAGGAAAACGACCAGUAUCCGCCAUGAAUCCAGCAAUACUUACUGACAGCGAUGGAUCUGUCAAAAUGGUGGUUGGAGCUGCCGGAGGAACCAUGAUCACAACUGCAACAGCCCUGGUGAUUCUCAACUCACUGUUCUUUAACUAUGACUUGACCAAGGCGGUUGAGUAUCCCAGGAUCCACAACCAGUUUAAUCCCAGCACAGUGGAAGUGGAGAAAAGCUUUGACACGAAUGUGUUGAAUGGCUUAAAGCAGAAGAAACAUCUGACUGAGGCGAUGUACAACAAUGCAGUGGUACAGGCAGUCCUCAAACAGGCAGGCAGCCUCUACGCUGAGUCAGACCCCAGGAAGGGUGGCUACCCUGCAGGCUACUGAAGCACUAAGAACCCAUGAAGCACCUGUGGACGUGCCCCGCUGGCCUGUCGGGACACUCGGGUCACCAACCCCGAGGCCCCGUGAGAAGCACAGUGAAAAAACCAGGCCUUGUUAAGUUAGCAGAUGCAUCUAUGGGAGA